CAACAAAAGGUAAUAAUUUUAAUAAUUUUAACAAAACCUAACAAAUAAAUCUGUUUUCAAUUCUCUUUCCCUGCAACAAAGACUCGCAUCAAAGCAUAAAUUUCACUCACAAUUCUAUCCAUAAAACCGUUGCGCUGAGAAAAAUAAAAAAUAAAACUUUAUUUUUUUGCUCCCAUGGCUUCCUUCUGCCGCGGCUAUUCGAAGACCCAAAUGUGCUUCUUCAAGAUUCUCAACAUAAUUUCCUCCACUCCACCCUCUGCAGAGCAACCAGAAGAACAACAAGACUCCUUUCCUACCAAAGGGGUUGGCAUCGAUUUGAAUCUCAGAUUCUCUUCCCUCACGGAAUCAGAAUCUUCUAGAACCGACACCAUCGAAGAAGAGCAAGAAGAAGGCUUUCCAGACAAGAGCUUUCAACUUUCAGACAAACUUCACGACAACCAAAAUCUUAACGAUGAAGUUAACGACGUUCAAACAGCGUCGUUUCAGAGAUGCGAUAGUAAUUUUCUCGAUUUACUUAUAGAAGCGGCGAGAGUCGUCUCUGGAAAACACGAGUCUGACUCGGAAGAAGAAAGGGGACUCGGUACCGAGUCAACGACUCAGAGAGCGAAUAAAGAGAAGCGGAAAGAAAGGUGGGUGGUUGUUGAUAUAUACGGCGACGUUUUGGAGGACAGAGAACCGGUGGUCCGGUCCAAGCGAGGGAGGAACCAAGCGUUACCGUACCGGUUCAGAGACUCGGUGGUCGAACCGUUGAAACGCGCCACCCGUUCUCAGAGACCGUCGUCAACCUCACACCUUACAAAACGACUUCUUAGGUCGUCAUCCACAACGUAAAACGCAUGAAUGCAUGGUUAUGUUUCACUGAUGGUUCUUCCGGAAGCACGUUUGCAGCUACGAUAUGGAAGUGAUUUUGGAAAUCUGAUAAAAACAGGGGAGACAGAGAAAUGCAUGUCUUUAAGUUAUUGGAAUUUUAUAGUUCUAUUUAUUUGAUCUGCGAGAACAAUGUAUGUUGACGGGUUGAAACUUCAGACAUGUAAAGAAAGUAAGUACAAAGGUUUUUAUUUCUGCACAAUGAUACUUUUUACCGAUAAUAUUUUAAUACU